GGUAGCUAUCGGCUUGCGACACAGUCGACGAGAUCAGCGAGCCUAAAGUCAACAUUGCAGUGUUUUCCUGUUGGCUUUUUAACACACAGACUCAACCUUCAGCGAAUACAGUGAGCUGCUGCUUUUAAACAAACACAGCACAACUGAGGUUAUCUACAGGGGUUAAGAUGCCCAGUCAUAGAACACUGCCAUUCAGUUUUAUGGAUUCCUCAUUUCUAGAAGAAAAUGGCAUAAAAGGCCUUGGAUCUAAAAGCUGGAAAGAAUUUGCUUCCAAAGGGGCAGGAAAAGAAUCCAGUAUGGCAUCAAAAAUGACCAACGGCUCUGAAAGCAGCUUAUCAGCUCCAGUCAUGCCCAUUGGGGGACAGGUGUUGGGGGUCCAGUUACAGCAGCCUGAAAGGCUUGUUGAACAACCUGUGCAGAAUACCUUUCAAGGGUUCCAGUUUCAGCUGCCAUGGGCACCUCAUUUGUCCGGCUUCAAUUCAGGUGUCUCAGACAACAUUCCUAGCAGUAGCCGUGCUAGCAGUCCAAAAAUGAGGAGUCUUCCGUUUGACUAUAAUGGAAGACUUGAUUCCUCAGAACCUGUUUACAGGUCACAGAGUACUAAGGGUAAAUUUCCGGCAAUCCGAAUGUCUUCAAAGUGCUUUAAUAGUGUUAUCAAACGACAGAGAAUAGAUAUCCAUGAUUCAGAACCUUCUUUGAGCCCCAUGCGGUUUGGCCUUUCCAAAUUCCAGUCUCUUUCAAAGACUCCUGUGAAACGCUCACAUUCAGAAAUGGUGCAACCACACGACGAAUCCGGACCCUCCAGGAAUUCCAGUGAUGCUGAUUGCUCCAGUUUUAGUGAAACAAGUGCUAAAAAGAAAAGGUUCUUGCGAACAGCGGACGCUCUACAGAAAUCGGGUCUGCUGGCAGUCACGAUGGAAUCGGCAGCUCUUAUACAGCAGAACAGGAAGCUUCAGCAGGAAAUUGAGCAACUCAAGCAAGAGACAUUACUGUUUAUCCGUUCGGUUUUUAGCAACCCUGAAAACAAGCAUCUUCUGCAUCUUCAGCAUGGGACUUGAAUCAUAUUUCACCGAACAUAGCUUGUCUCUUGAACUUGUAACUUUUGCUGCACAGGGACAGCUAGAAGGGUACCUGUGUGUGACUACAAAAAUUUUACUAAAACGAACUUGUGGUCUCCUAUGUUGUACAAGUUUUUUGAUAGGCUGUAAAUAUUUUACACCAAGCAUGCUGUUGAUAUGAGGCAAUUCAAGUCGCUGAAAAUUUCUGUGGCCUGUAAAGCUUCAUUGAAAGCUAACUGGUUUUUUAGCAACUUACCAAGUUUGAUAUACAGCAGGCCAUAGGUUCUCAGUAGCCUGCCACUAGUUCAUUGCAAGCACACUACUAUUAAACCAGUUUCCCAGGUUUCGUCAUCAUUUCUGGCAGAUGUCUGCUGAUGGUGUAGACUUACUGUCAAGUUUGACAAUUUUGACAUGAUGUCUGUUAGUUUCUGCCUUGCACAAAUCUUUCAAGAUGUGUGCCACCAGAAGGCUAGUGGCUGGCUUUUAGCUGGCUUCUGGUUUACCUAAAAAAAACUUUUAACCCUGAUGCUGUGUAAACAGCCUGAUUAUAGGCUGCACCUAAAAUUCGCUGUAUUGAAACCUGGUUUAAUAAUCUGCAUAUAAACCUAGAAUGGGAUUUCUGUGCCUGGAUCAUUGUAACUUUCCAUAAAUAUGACCAGUGGUAUGGGUUAGAGGUUGAAAUUGUGAUUAAGAUGAUCUUAGUGCCAAGGUUGCUCUCACAGGACACUACUUGCUGUGUACACUGUACAUGAAUGUUUAUUUAUUUGGUUAAUUAAUGCCUCACACAAUAGCUAAAGUCUUUUCUGAUGUGAUAGGAAUAUGAGGGAAAGAGCAAAGAAAUCACUGCAGCUGAUCAUGCGAGUGAUCGAAAUCCAGGUUUGUUCAACUUUACUAUGUGGUGGUGUUUAGAAAGGUGCUGUUUAUCAUUAAGGUGUAUGUUAAAAACUGCGUUAAAAUGUUACUGUAUUCGUGAACUUUGCUAUAUACAUGCACAUGUAUGUGUGUAAAAAACUGAUUAAUAUACUGUUUAUACCAUGGCCUUAAAAAGUAUUUACGUGGGGACAUGUCUUACUUCAUUGUCGAUAUUAACUAACCGAUGACUGAUACAAGUUUCCUGCGUCGAGGAUGUACAGUUGUAUGGUAGUUUGACCUUGCUUAGUUUCACUUUUGGGUGUCAACAGGAUUUGAUAUAUCCGUCCGUUUCCAAAACACCGAUCAUUGUGAAUAUUGCCUUUGCAUGAAAGCGCACCAGGGUGAAAUUCAGGUGUAGGCUGCGACAAAGUGUCACGAAUUGUUACAAGAGAUGUAUGGUCUGUUUUUCAUGUGAUUUCCACUUUUGCAUGUUUUCGUGACAUUAUUUAUUGCGAACAUUAAUCAAGUUAAUUGUUACAUCUGCGUACAAGAAGACAUGCUCGAGUUCUUUCCCCUCUUGCACCUUCAUUAUUCUCGCAUUCUUCAUGUAACUGAGUAUUCACAAUUCAGUUUUUCAUGUCGCUCAGAAGCUAAAGAGCAUAAAAUCAUCGUUAUGACUUAUUAUAUACAUACAUACGUACAUGGAUGUAAGUGGAUUAAGUUUUGUAACUGGCCAUGUCACCCAAUUUGUUGGCUGUCAUACAUUUUUUCACAAGUGUAAAUUGUGUUAAAUGUCUGUAGAUUGUUCUUUGUUACACAUGUAUAACGGGUAAAUAUAUAUGAGAAAACAAAAACAAGAUUAACUAUAUUUCGUUGUCAAUGUCAUCUUGGGUGUCUAGGUGGCCGAGAUGGUUAGUGUGCUAGGGCGGCGCAUUGGCAGUUGAGUCGGUCACCAAUGUGGUCGCUGUGAGUUCAAGUCCAGCUCAUGUUGGCUUCCUCUCCGGCCUGGCUGCAACCUGUGGAUGGUUGUGGAUCUCUGUCUAAUUCAAACGCAUGUGCAUCCAAGCGUCAUUU